AUUUUCAAACAAAUAAAAAAAAACAAAAUAAAUCGCUGAAGCUGGGAGAAGUUCACAUUGGCAUGAUUUUUCUGACCGGAAAAUGGUAAAAUGAACCUCUAGCCUGUUAAAUUGCUAUUGCCUUGAGUGAGAAAAUGGCGAGGAAGAAGAAAGCCGGCGGUCGAGGAGGAGGAGCGGCCGCGGCGGCGGCCACCAGCAGCCCUGCCGGUGCCGCAGGUCCGUCUUCCGCAGAGCAGCCCAAACCAAGAGGCAGAGGUCGGCCGCGAAAGAACCCCGUUGUCGUUGCGGCGGCGGUGCCGGACCAGCCGGACGCCGUCGUUAAAGAGGAACAGUCGCAGUCGUCGUCGAUUUCGACUGCCGACGAGCAGUCGCAAGACGCGACGACGUCGCAGACCGGCGACGAGUCCCUUCCGCCGGCCAGCAACAGCAAGAAGUUUGGCAAGUUCCGCAUUCUGCACAGUUCUUCGCCAUCCAGUUCGUCUGGCGAGCAGCCGUCCGAGUGGGCGACUAAAGUGGAGGCUGAGGUGCCGCUUCCCAGCAGUGUUGUCGAAGAGGUCGUCAUUGAAACCUGCACGAUGGAGGUCGAGGUCACCGCAUCUGAGGAAAUUAAGCAUGAAGAAGUGGAUGUGGAAAUGGCGGUCGCUGAGGAGACGGUGGUCUGCAUGGCCGAGGACGACAGCUCGAGUAGCGCCGCUCCUCCAACAAAUGAAGCAACUGUAGCCAAAGAACAAGAGGAAAGUAGUCAGCAGUUGAAGGGAGAAAUUGAAAAUUUUGAAAAAUUAACAAUAGAGUCUGAGCAAAAGGUUGACGAAGAAGAGGAAAAAAUUCUUAUGAUUGCUGCGGAAGAGAAAAAAGAAAAGACUGAAGCCAAAAUUCCCGAGCCUGAAAGUCCUCAGAAUGCAAGGAGGCGCAGUUCUCGAAUUAAAAUUAUUCAGGAGUCAAAUGUGAAAGUGAGGCCUAGCAAGGAGGAUAGAGAGAGAGAAAGGGAAGCCAAGGAAGGAACUGAAACUGGCUGCAGCAAAGAAACUUCGGAAAUUUUUCCUACUCCGACCGCUCCAGUUUCGAGCAGCGUCAAACCGGUCAAGGUCAAGUCUCGCUGGAGGCGCUCGAGUGAAUUAGAAAUGGGAUCAAACAGCCUGGCUAGAAGUCCAGGAGCAAGUCCCAACCCCUCUCCUGUGCCAACAGCACCCAAGGUGCACCUGCCACUCACGGCUGAUGAGGAGAAAUUGAGAAAUUUCAAAAAGGUGGAGAAGAAUGUUUAUUUGACCCAAAGAACUACAAACAAAGAAACAAAAGGGAUGAUAUGCGAGUGCGAACCUGUUGAUGAUGAUGAGAUGGGAUGCGGAGAAGACUGCCUCAAUCGGAUGCUCAUGAUUGAAUGUGGUCCUCGUUGUCCACUGGGAGACAAAUGUUCCAACAAACGCUUCCAGAAGAUGGAAUAUUCUCCAAUUCAGGUUUUCCGCACCGAAAAGAAAGGAUUUGGUCUGCAGGCGUUGGCAAAUAUUGAAGGUGGAGCGUUUCUCUCCGAGUAUGUGGGCGAAGUUUUGGAUCCGUACGAGUUUCAGAGACGAGCCGAGGACUACGCCAAUGACAAAAACAGACAUUAUUACUUCAUGGCCUUAAAGUCUGACGCCAUCAUCGAUGCCACCAUCAAAGGCAACAACUCUAGAUUCAUCAACCACAGCUGUGACCCGAACGCUGAAACUCAAAAGUGGACAGUAAAUGGUGAGCUACGAAUUGGCUUCUUUUCCAUCAAAGACAUUGCGGCUGGGGAGGAAGUCACAUUUGACUACCAACUGCAGCGCUAUGGCAAAGAGGCGCAGCGUUGUUACUGUGAGGCUACCAACUGUAGAGGCUGGAUCGGUGGUGACCCUGACAAGGAGGAAAAAGAGGAGACUGUGUCCAAGAAAGAAGUCAGGGCUGCCGACAAGAAGGACAAAAAGGCCAAGCCAAAGCCCAAAUUCUACAUUGUUCAAGAGCUUUUGGAAGACCAAGACUUGGAGAAUGACGUGCAGAAGCUUUGCAAUGGUGGUUUGAAGAACCAGAAGAACACGCUCAACUUCAGCAGACUGAUGGUCAGGGUUGAAAACCAGGAGCAGCGGAAGCGGCUGCUCGAGUUGCUGCAAUCCACUGACACACCUUGCCGAAGACUGUUUUUGGACUACCACGGUCUUCGACUCAUGUGGAGCUGGAUGGUCGACGAAGGCAACAUUCUCCGUCUAGAGAUCAUGCAAACUUUAGAGGCUUUGCCUAUAACCAACAUUACUCUACUGCAAGACACAAAGGUCCUUGGGGUCAUUGAGAAGUGGGAGGAAGAAAGCAGACCUAGGGAAGUUGAAAUUGAGAUGGAAUUGGCACCAGCUGAGGAGGAGGCUAAGCCGGAGAAGGAGGAAGUUGUAAAAACUGAGCCGAUGGAAGAGUGUGUGCCUCCCGAACCUGUCGAGGACUCUGCCAAAGUGGAGGAAGCUCCCAAAGAUGUGGAGAAGGCAGAGGAGCCCAUGGAUGUUUCUCCACCUGAAAAGCAAGCCGAGUCUCAAGAAGAGAAACCUCCAGAGGAAAAUGAAAAAGUAGAAGAAGUGGAUGUUGAAAAGGAAAAGCGCGAAGCUCUAGUUGCCAAAGCCAAGAGUGAUGCUGCCAGACUUGCGGCUGAAAACGAAAUUGCCAAGCGACUUUUGGAAGCGUGGAGACAGUUGCCAGAAAUUUUCAAAAUUCCCAAGAAGGUGAAAAAGGAACAGAUGAAAGAGCAUGAGAGGGAAGCUGAGCAAAGCUACCAAAAGUACCUUGAGAACAGGGGGUACAAAGCAGAGUAUUCCGAAAGCAGUGACCGCGCUCGAGACAGAUACCGCGGCGCAAACACCACUUCCUCCCUGACCACCUACCCUGGCUUCAAAAGGAGAGACUUGAAGGAUGAAAAUAGAAAGCCAAGGCUCGAACGUCCUGAGGACAAAAUGUUUGGUGGAAUGAGCAAGUUUGAGAGACGUCAGCUCUUUGCCCAGCGAGUGGAACAAGAGGAAAGGGCCAAAAGGGAGCAUAUGUGGAUGGAGCAGGAAAGGGAGCGGCGGCGAAUCUUGCAGCAACAACAGCAGCAGCCUCACAUACUGAUGGACGCCAAUGGCGUGCCCUGCUUUUUCAAUCCAGCCACCAACUCCUGGCACGCCUUCCAAGGUCCUCCAGUUGCAAAGUCACCAGCCGAGCCUAUUGUGGUGCAGCCUCAGUUCGACCCCUCUGUGUGGCACCAAGUGCACCACAUCCCCAUUGCGCCUCUGCCUCCCAAGUGGAAGGCUGCCUAUAAUAAACAAGGCCUUCCCUACUACUUCCACAUCAAGCACCGAGUACCUCAGUGGGAACCUCCCUCUUUGAUUCCAACCAUCGGCAGUCUGACUUCAUCUGAGGAAUCUAGCAGUUCAAGUGAAACGGAAAGCAGCGAUGAAUCAGGAGACGAGGGUGAUUCUGAAAGUUCCGAGGGUGAAGAGGGGAAGAAAGGCGAUGACGAAUCUGACCAAGAAGAGCAAAGUUUGGCCGAGGAGCCGGAGGCUGAACCUUGCGUACCUGGUGAAGAAGGUCUCAAAUUAAAGACAGGUGAAGGAGCAGAAGAGGGGGAAGAGGAGUCUAAAAAAGUGGAGCCCAGGCGGCGUUCUGGACUCAUCAAAGAGCUCAUCAUCAUCAGUCCUCGUCGAGAGGAAGACAUUCCGACGGAAAGCUCAAAGAUUCGAAUUCGAAAGGCCAAGGAGCAGCUUAGGCUGGAAAAACGGGCUGCUCUCAUGAAGCAGCACAGACUCAAAGAAAAGUCCAAGGAAAAACAACGAACCAUAAAAAUAAAAACCCCAGCAGCAGGUGGCGAUGUGGAUGCCGAGGCCGAGAAGAAAAUCAAGGAAGACUUCCUUGCAAAAAUGGCCUCCACUGUUGUGUCAACCUUGAACCCCUACCACAAACCUGAAUGCCAGCAGGGCCGAAUUACCUCCAGUGAAGAUUUCAAACAUCUUGCACGAAAGUUGACAAACUUUGUGAUGCUGAAAGAACUGAAGCACUGCCGCAAAGUGAGUGACCUGGCCUGCAAUGACAGCGUCAAGCACAAGGCCCGCGAGUACAUCAAGAAGUAUAUGGCUAAGUUUGGCGAGCUCUACUCUCGAGAGCGGGAACGGGAGCACAGCAGAAGUCAAGGUGCUGCCGGAGGUGAAAAACAUGAUGAUUCAGUGAAAGAGGAUGAGGAUAUGUGAUGUUACAAACUCAAAUAAUUAAUUUAAUUUGAUCAAAGAAAGUGCUAAUUUAUUUUUCGUAACUCCUUUGAAAUAAUUGUGGAACAAAAGACGAGAUAGGUUUGCAUAUAUCUAAGAUUGCUGCAGGAAUUUUUAU